AUGAGAUCCCUGCAGCAGAAGGGACAAACCUACCCUAGGACUCAUUCCUCAGGGCACAAGUCUCAAGUACUGUGGUCAGGGAAGAACCUGAAGCCGUCUACUCUGCCUCCUCUCCGACAAGCCAAAGGCCACAGCAAAAGCAAAAUGAAGACUUGGUCUAGUAUCCAGCCAGCAGUGCAGUCCCAGACCUCUGUAGAGAUGGCAAACUUAGCAAAGAAUCUACGAGGACUUCGAAGAAGAGAACAAGCACACCAUGGGAAGAUGCAGGCCAAAGUUCGGCUGAUGCGGUCGAUGCUUCGAAACCAGCGGACCUCACUCCAGGAGCUCUACAGCCACGAGGGCUUCCUCAGCAAGCUCAACCAGGAACUCGUCAAGUCCAUUCAGGACAUGGAGGAGACCAUGGCCAUGAAUGUGCGCGAAAUGCUGCAGCAGCAGGGCAUUCUCGGGAAUGUCAUCGACAUCUUGGAGUACUCGAACAAGAAGAGGGUGCAGCAGUUGAGGUCUGAGCUCCAGGAGUGGAAGGAAAAGGAGGAGAGCAAAAUAAACAGCUUGCAGCAGGAGGUAGACCAGCUGAAUGCUGAGAUCCUGAAGGCCCACGAGGAGGUGAAUUUCCUGAGCACCUACAUGGACCACGAGUACCCUGUCAGGUCGGUCCAGAUUGCCAAUCACAUACGCCAGGUGCAGCAGGCCAAGGACAGCCAGCAGGAUGAACUGGACAACCUUAAAGAGAUGCGUGAAAUGGUCCUGGGGUGUUUUUCCAAAAUGAUUCAGGAGAAGAAGAAGAAAAUCCUGAGAGCUCUGAUGGUGAAAACCCAGAAACCCUAUGAGGAGAUACUUAUGCUGAAGACCCUGGACAGCCAGCGCCUGCAGAGAUGCACGGUCUGGUUCAGGGAGCUUAUCCAGCAGCUGAAGGAAGAAAUUCCUAUAUUAGUCGCAGAGGUGGAGCAAAUGUACGCAGAGGUCUGGAACCCUCGAGAGGUUGUUUUUAAGGAUGUUCUACUACAGAGACCCAAGUGCACCCCAGACAUGGAUGUUGAGCUCAACAUUCCUGUGCAAGAGCUACUCCCCUUCUAGAUGGCAGUGCCUGGCCACCUCUCCUCUCUCCUUUCCUCCCAGCACGGGGUUUGGCUGGUUUACUUGUAAGACAAUGUCUCUAUUAUGAAUCUGACCCACAGCCCCUCCUCCACCCUUCUCCCUUGCUGCUUGGACCAGGCAGGUAUGUCCAGUCCUUGCUGCCAAUAAAUCUGGGUUUGUGUUU